CAGUAAACUGCCACAUUCACCGCGGUUCUUGCCUCCUGACCUCGCGGCGGGGGCCGACCCCCAGAACGCGUUGCUCAACUCCCUGCCGGGUGCAGACUGCAGAGGCGUGCAAGGGGUGUGAUACGUGUUUGUUUGCCCACUCCAGCUAGCACGCUUUCUGAAGGCGUCAGGGGUAAUGGACGGACGCGCCGACGCGGCCGGCCGGCUGCUGCCCGCAGCGGCGGCAAUCAAGGCUCUGAAGCGCCUCACAACGCCAGUCGCAGCAACCAUCCGCUACGCCUACUCGUGGCUAUAUGCGCUGUGUGUGGGGGGGGGGGGGAGUGCAGGAGAGGGCGGUGUGGAGGCGGUCAGCAGCAGCGGUUUCAUUGUGGCCCGCAACUCGCGUGACCCCGACGUGACGCCCGACAUGAUGUGCAACCCGGAACCGACCCGUAUAGAGGUGUAGUAAGCAUAGGGAAGGCCGGAGAGCCGUCUACGUACCUGGGCUGGGCUGGGCUGAAUAAUACCCGUCGCUCAAUAGCGCCUUCCCACGGCGAAGCGCCGCUCGAUUGUAGGGGUUUGCUAGGUCAGGGGGGGGGUAGAAAGCUCAGGUUCUUACCCCAUGCUCAGGUUUACAGAGCUUUAGGAGAGCAUUAUGCACUUACGUCUAGUUUUUUAAGGGGGUGUCUGGUGAGGAAGUUCUGGGCCGCCAAAGUUGGGGGGUCGGUCCUCGUCCCUGGGGGUCCGCCGGGUUUCGGGAGCCCAUCCUGGCGGAUUUCGGGAAGCGCCCCACAAGCAGAACUAGGGGCCAAACGCAGCAGUACGAGGCUUAUAUGUGCACGCUAUGACGUAAUAAGCACGAACAAAACGUGGGAGGGCUAAGUUGCGCGUCCGGGCGUGGGCAUGUCGGGACAUGUCUCCACAGUCAACACAUCCGCACUGACACAGCUGGGCUCUGAAGCGCUGGUGCGCAUGAGUUCACAUCUAACAAGGCUGCCGAUGCACAUUGUCCAUUCGUCACGCGGCAGAGAGUUGAGCGCGUGGUGGUGUGGGUCGAGGGGAUUUCCUUGUGUAGGAUCCCGCUCGUGACCGAAGUCUCAUAACAGGACCGCUGAUGGCACGGAGUGAUAGUGCUUGUCAAGAGGAGUCGAUUGACACCACUUUGGUAUAAAAUGGAGGGGUUUUAACCCCUGAACAACAAGGUUUUGUCCGUCGGGGGGUCGGUCGUCCCCUCAAGGGGGGGCCCGGGGCAUUUCGGGGCAUGGGGUCUGGCACUUUGUUUCCUACCCCCCCCCCCUGUGUGUAGGUGUGCAGACUGCGCCAGUAAUGGUCGCUUUGGACAUGUCGGGCACCCAUACUGAUACAAGUAAGGAACCUGGCUGCAUAAGCUGUUGAUGCGGCAGCUUUGGCUACUGAGUACUAAGUGAUGAUACAGCGGCUGCUCCCGUGCUCGCUGGCAGGCAGCGGUAGGUAACGGGCAUGUGAAGCGUCAACCCAGUGGCGUUACUCCGUGCGGGUGUUGGUUGCUGUACCAACUAGGGAU